AUCACACACCUUGCUCCUCUCAUUCAACGGUCCUUUUUCACUCCAAACUCUUCUUCUUCUUCUUCUUCUUCUUCUUCUUCAGGCUGUUUCAGAAGCCAAACAUGGCUUCUCUUCUUUCUCUUCUUCUUCUUCUUUCUCUUCUUCUUCUUCUUUUGCUCGUUUUCUCUUCAGCAGAGUCCAAGACAUUCUGGGCUGACGUGGCAGCUCUUAAAGAUUUCAAGAACUCGGUCGAUGCCAAAUCGAUGAGCCCUGGUUCUUGUCUCAGUUCCUGGGAUUUCUCCGUCGAUCCCUGCGACGGUUUGUUCGGCGAGACAUUCACUUGCGGUUUCCGUUGCGACUCCGUCGUUUCCGGAUCGGGUCGGGUCACGGAGCUCAGUCUCGACAAAGCCGGUUACUCCGGCUCCCUUUCCUCCGUCUCCUUCAACUUCCCUUAUCUUCAGACCCUCGACCUCUCCGGCAACUACUUCUCCGGUCCACUUCCCGACUCUCUCUCCAAUCUCACCCGCCUCACCAGCCUCUCCGUUUCCGGAAACUCCUUCUCAGGAUCCAUACCCGAUUCUCUCGGGUCGAUGUCGGGUCUAGAGGAGCUCCUCCUCGACAACAACCGACUCGACGGCUCUGUUCCGGCGAGUUUUAACGGCCUCACCAGCCUGAAACGGCUUGAAAUCCAGCUCAACAACAUCUCCGGCGAACUCCCUGAUCUGAGCUCGCUCAAGAACCUGUAUUACAUCGACGCGAGCGAUAACCGGAUCUCGGGUCGGGUCCCGUCGUCGUUACCCGGAUCAGUACUGCAAAUCUCCAUGCGGAACAACAAAAUCCAAGGAACGAUCCCGGAAAGCUUCAAACUUUUGAAGUCUCUUGAAGUUUUGGAUCUUAGCCACAACAAACUCAGUGGCUCAAUCCCAUCAUUCAUCUUCACUCAUCAAACUCUGCAACAGCUAACUCUCUCCUUCAAUGGCUUCACCUCUUUAGACUCACCUUACUACUCGCCCUUGGGUCUCCCCAGCGAGCUGAUAUCCGUGGAUCUCAGCAACAACCAGGUCCAAGGCGCGUUGCCUCUGUUCAUGGGUCUAUUACCAAAGCUCUCAGCUUUGUCGUUAGAGAACAAUAGCUUCUCUGGUAUGAUUCCGACACAGUACGUCUGGAAAACCGUAUCUCCAAGAUCCGAUUUUGCCGGGUUUCAGAGACUCUUACUUGGCGGCAAUUUCUUGUUCGGAGUCGUACCGGGUCCUUUGAUGACGCUGAAGCCUGGGUCAGCGAACGUGCAGCUCGCCGGAAACUGCUUCUCGUGGUGUCCGGCGACGUUUUUCUUCUGCCAGGGACAAGAACAGAGAUCUACUGAGGAAUGCAGAAAGUUUAGCCGUGUAAUCCCUUGAUUACUACUAAUCAUAUCACCUUAACUUUUUCUUUUUUCGCAUCAUCUGAAGCUUCUUAGUAGGGCUCACAGGCUAUUGCUUAAACCGAGGCUUAGCUUAAAAUGUGAUUAGUUAAUAAAAAUGCCGUUGGGAGAGACAACUAGGCGAUGAUACGAUAGUUAUCAUCUUAUGACAAUUUAAUCUCUUUUUAACAAAUAGUAUUCAGCUCGUUUUUUAUA